AUGAUCAACAUGACGCACAUAAGAUUCCUCGUGCAUUUUUCUUUGGCACUUCACGUACCAGAGCUCGAAGAGCAUCUCAUCGAACGAGACACCCAGUCAGUUCUCAAAUCCGGUGCCGACGCCCCUAUCUCAUGCGCGAUAUCCUCGCCCUGUCUGCUCGGCACAUGUCGAGCUUCGAGCCAGAACAUGCGGCGGAAUUUCUCCGCCAUACAUUUCAGCUACAAACGAGAGCUAUUUCAUCAUUUGAAGCCCCAAAAAUCACGAAUCAAGGAGCCCAGCUGCGUCCCCCUGGUCCUGUUCUCCGCCCUCCGCGGCCGUCAGCUCUGCAUCGACGCACUUGCCUUUCGCAGCCCUGACUUUGACGCCUUUAGCGACUGCUACAUCAACUUUGCAAGAAUCCAUAGAGAUCUGAGGGUAGUUUUCAGUCGUGCCUAG